AUGUCCUUUUUCAAACCAGCUCGCAAUGCCGACUUUUUGAGGAGCAGGACCCUCUUCUUUGUGGUCAUUCUCGUUCUCCAUUUCGUCUUUGGCAUCGUCGCCGCUCUGGACGUGGCCGCGAAAGACACUCGGAGGACUCAUUCACACCUCGGUGUCAGUGUCUACAACCUGAUCAUCCAACUCGUCUGUUUUGCUGCCGUUGCCGCGGUCGCCCGUCUCGACACGCAACAACAUGUCGGCGAACAGCACGCCUGGUUCUCCCAUACGUUUUUUGAGAUUGUCCUCUACGCCGCCCUUGCCGUUCUCCAGCUCGCCGGCGCGCUCGCAUAUUCAGCCCUUAGCCCUACCUUUCAAUGUGGCUCCAAUAUUGGCUCUGCCUGCGCCUCGGCCUACCGUGCUCUCCUCGUCGGCUCGUGGACAAUCACAAUCCUUUAUGUUUUGUUUGCACUCUGGUUUACGGCCUCUGUCGUCGUCGCCUCUAAGCGUGACCCAACCGUCUGGCGUCGUCGCUGCCGCUCCUACGACUGGGAAGGCAAUGGUCAUACGGCACUCAUCUCGCCCCUGUCUCCUGUCGAUGUUGUGAUUGCGGAGAAACAGGUAACUUCAACCGUUACCUCUACGGCGGCUUCCCCAGUCAAGCCGAAGAAGACGACAUGGGUUCUCCCGACAUUGCGACAAGGCCCGCGUCCUCGUCUAGAGUCGACCCCUCAUUUGCCCAUCCAGAGCUUGCCACCCCCAACCCCGUACAGCGCGGUCCCGCCCACUGCGGGCUCGUCCAUCCCGCCCGUGCCCGAACUGCCUCUGGAGCAUCGCCAACAACAUAUGACGCUUCAUCUCUCACCGAUUCCCCAAGACGUUCCCGAGGAUAUCAGCCUCUCGGGCACACCGGCGGCCAUGCGACCUGUGAGCCUUGUGCAGUCUAUUGCCCAACGCCAACGGGCAAUGAUCAUGUCCAUUAAACCCCUUCGUCUUGGACAUAGCCGUGCACGCACCUCUGUGGACAAGAGCAUGAUUGGACAACCAAGAGCACAGGAAGACUAUCGCGAUACGAUGGACUCCAAGUAUGCCGGCAUGACUCUAACGGCCGCAGAGGCCACUUUCCCCAACUGGUGGAACGCCGAAUCGACCUUUGCUCCUCCUCGAUCAACGUUCCAAUCCGGUACACCGUCGCGUUUUACGGGGGAAUCUUCCAGUCCAGCCUUUCCCCGUUCAACGCUCCAAUCCAACAAUGUACAUGCCCCCAGUCACUUGCGGUCACAAUCGUAUGAUCAACCGCCAGCAACGGCCAUGACGUGGACGCUCGAACCGCCUGGAUUCUCCGUGGCACGUACCGUUUCGUCGCGGUAUUCGACGGGCACGACGGUCCCACCCACACCACCGCCAAAGGACAAGUGGCGGUUACCUGCGCUCGAGCUGCAACCCGCUAUCGACACGGGUGUGAGCUCUGCUCAGAGCAACUAUAGCAAUCAAUCCCGCUCAAACAGUCAGCGCCAUCAACGCGCGAUGAGCCCUACUCCGCGCAGCGAUAUCAUUGAACAACGGCGGAAAAUGACGAGUCCAAAGGGAUUCAUCUAA